AUGAAUAUUGGACUUAAUGCUAGAGAUCUUACACCAAGUUAUGAAGCCGUUCUAAACGGGGAAGGCCUUACUUGGGUGAUUUAUGGUUAUGAUAAAGGAGGGUCAGAUCUAAAAGUUGUAGAGAAAGGAACUGGAGGUCUAGAAGAUUUAACUGAAGAAUUUGAUGAAAGUAAAAUUCAAUAUGCAUUUGUAAGAGUAGUUGAUCCUAACUGUGGAUUACCAAAACUUGUGCUUAUUGGAUGGUGUGGUGAAGGGGUUCCAGAGUACAAAAAAGGAUUUUUCAAUUCACAUUUCAAUCAAGUUUCAAAUUUUUUGAAGGGUUAUCAUCUUCAAAUUAAUGCUAGAUCUAAGACAGAUGUAGAACCAGAUUAUAUAAUGAAAAGAAUAAAUGAAAGUGGUGGAUCAAAAUAUAUGGCAAAUGUCAAUAAAAAUGCUCCCGUUAAAAAAGAUGAUCCAAUUUUACCAGUUCGCUCUGUUCAUCAGCCGGAAAAAAUACCUAAUAUGGCUGAACUACGAAAACAAAGUUCCAAAGCUAAUGAACCUAUCUUGCCAGUUCGAUCUGUUCAUCAGCCAGAGAAAAUACCCAAUAUUGCUGAAUUAAAGAAACAAACUCCCAAAGUUAAUGAACCUGUUUUACCAUUUCCGGUGAAAGUAUUCAAUGUUACGGAAUUAAAAAAACAAACUCCCAAAGAUGACGAACCAAUUUUACCAGUCCGUUCAGUUUAUCAACCCGAGAAAAUACCAGAUAUUGCUGCACUACAAAAGACUGCUCCUCAAGAUGACAUUCAACCUGUGAAUUCUGUAUAUGAACCUGUUCGUCCUCAUAAACCCAAAAAAAUAAAUAUCAAUCCACGUGAAAAGGCAGAACGUGAAGCACGUGAACGUGAAGAACGAGAAAGGGCAGAAAGUGAAGCAUAUGAACGAGAACAACAAGAAAUGGAACAAGAACGAGAACAACAGAAAAUAGAACAAGAAGCAUAUGAACGAGAACAAGAAAGGGAGCGAGAAGCAUAUGAACGAGAACAACAAGAAGCAUAUGAACGAGAGCAACAAGAAGCAUAUGAACAACAACAAAUAGAGGAAGAAAAGGAAAGAGAACGUGCUAUGAGGGAACAAGAAGAAUAUGAAAGACAAGAAUUAGAACGUCAACAAAGAGAGGCAGAAGAGGAAACUUAUCGCUUACAAGAAGAAGAAACAAUUCAGGCAUCUGAAGAAUCAACAAACCUUUGGGCGCGUGCUCUUUUUGAAUAUGAUGCGGCCGAAAGUAAUGAAUUAACAUUAGUCGAAGGGGAAUUAAUUAGAGACAUUAUUAAAUUGGAUGAUGGAUGGUGGCAGGGAACUACUGAAGAUGGUACACGUAGCGGAUUAUUCCCAGCGAAUUUUGUGGAAUUGAUUGAUCCUGAGGAAAUAUCAAAUAGAAAUAAUGAAGUCGGUUAUGAUGUAGAUUUAAAUCCUGAUGAGGUUGAACAACAAGAAGUUCCUGAAGCCGAAUCAGAAGAACAUCAUCAAGCCCUACCUUCAGCUAGGGCUUUAUAUGAUUAUUCUGCGGGAGAGCCUAAUGAGAUUUCAUUUGAAGAAGGACAAAUCAUUACCGAUAUUGAUUUCAUAUCAGAUGGUUGGUGGCAAGGUACAGAAGAAGGUGGAACUAAAGGAUUAUUUCCAGCAAAUUAUGUCGAAUUGCUUCAAUAA